AUGGAUCUCGCCAUCUGGGGAAUGCGUGUUGAAGAUGUGAAGUUCUGCUUUAUCGCAGCCAACGUGAUGAUCGGAGGACGCACCUACACGCAGAUGCAGGAUGUCUGGGAGGAUGUGCCGGAGGAUGAUGUUGAGUCGACCACAGGAUUGUCUGGUGGAGUAAUCGCCGGGAUUGUCAUUGCCGGCAUCGUUUUGUUGAGUGUUCUGGUUGCCGCUGUGGUGUAUGUGCUGCGCCAGCGACGAAAGAAGAGAAGGGAGUCACUGGACUCUGGCACACCACCCUCGCCGACGGUGCCACACUCUGUGCAGAGGCAACCAAAUCCGCUGACAACUGUCGCUGCCGACACUUCCCCGCCCCCGACUGUUCCUCCGCAAGACGAUGGUGCUGCCCAGGUGCCUGUUNGUGGUGUAUGUGUUGCACCAGCGACGAAAGAAGAGAAGGGAGUCACUGGACUCUGGUACACCACCCUCGCCGACGGUGCCACACUCUGUGCCGAGGGAGUCAAAUCCUCUGACAACUGA